UCGUUCAAUAUAGCUAUAAUAUAUGUAUACACGGGAUUUCGGUGAAAUCUAAGGUUUUUUAUUUAUAUAUUAGGAAAAUACACAGUGACACGGAUGUACUGAACGGCAUUUUACAGAUAAACUGUUUAGAAGAGAAAGAUGACGUAGUUUUAGUGAUAUUACGCUAGGACAUCUAAACAAGAGAUAAUUAGAGGUGUUGUAUGAUGGAGGCAGACGGCGAGUGGAGUGACGGGUCUGAUGAUGCUCUGAAGUCAGGUUCUGCUACAGGUAUUUCUGAUGGUGAUGGUGAUGUGGGUACAGAUGAGAAGAAAGUUCUAGCUACAAAUCGUCUGUUGAAGACUGAUCCUGUAAAUGCUAUAUUAGAUAGAAUAGAUGCUGAAUUAGGUGCCAUGAACAUAGUCUCACCAUCACAAUCUAAGUCGAGUAAAUCAUCACCUGUCAAAAAAACAUCUUUAGAUACAAACCAGAUUGUGGUAAAACAAGAUAUCGUUCCACCAACCUCGACACAUAAAACUAACUUACAACAAACAACUCCUUUAAACAAUGGUGCUGUUAUAAAUGGCAAGGAUAAACCAACAAAGAAUCGAAGUUUAGAUCAAGUGAAAGAAGGAGAACAAUAUCACAGUGAUCUCGAUUCUCUCGCCGCUGAACAAAUUGAUGAAAAAUUUAAAGAAAUUAUGAAGAAAAAAAGGGGUGGAUAUCUAGAUGAUCUGAAUACACCUGUUAGUGAUGCUGAAAAAAUAAAAACAGAUGAUUUUAAAUCCACCAUUGUACAUAGUAAAGAUAGUUUAAUACCAAACACAUCCACUAGUUUUUCACCUUCUAAACUAACAUCAUCUCUUCCUAAACAAAAUGGCUAUUGUAGUGACCUAGAAUCUAUUCAAACCGAAGAUUUUGAGAGUAAAUUCGCUGAACUGUUAGUUAAAGAUGGGUCUUGUAGUGAAUCUAUGGAUGGGAAGACAACUACGUUUGACUUCAAAGAAAAAUCACUUUCAGAAUCUUUACCAAAAUCAUCUUUGAAGACCAUAUCUUUUGAAGGAACUAAUAAUAUUACUCCACAAAAAUCAUCAUUAAAAUCUAAAGUAGAAUCUAUACCACCUAGAACCAUGUUAUCUAUAUAUGGUAGAAAUCCACCUACAGGUACACCUACAGGUAUACCCACAGGUAGCAAUUUAAAGAACAGUGAAAAAUCACCAGUUAAAUCCAGUGGUGAGAAGACUAAAAGCGUUAUGUUUGAGACAGAUAGCGUGGAUGAGACAUGUCGAGAGAUAGAACGAGAGUCUGCGAGGAUACAGUUGGAGAUGGGUAAAGAAAGGCGAGCAAACUCUCCAACUCGUAUCACAAAUAAACCUGAGUAUUCAUCACCUUCACCUGUUAGAACAUCAACAAUGCCACCAUCAGAGUUAUUAUCAGUUGCAGAAGAUGACGAUGAGAAACAGGCUAUAGAAAGAGAAGUUAAAUUAUUAAGAGAAGCUCUACAUUGUUCCAGGUUAGAAUUACGAGAAUGUCAGACUAACUUGAAAGAAACGAGAGAAAAGGCAGAAAAUGCCAGGUAA